CGUUCCUUCCUGCAGAAAGUCAGGAGCCCUUUCACUUGAGAGGGCGAUUACCUCCGCCGGCGGCUGUGCGUCUUGGCAGCUGUAGCCGUGCCAUCAGAGUGAAAAUGCCCGGGAUGGGCAACUCUUUACGCGCGGCUGCCCUCCUGGCUUUCGUGGUUCUUUCAGUUCUGGUGACGCUCCUGAUCAGCAGCGUGCAGCAGUUUGGAGCAAGAAUCUCGCACUUUUCCACCGCACCUUCUGGUGAUGACGAGGAGUUAGCCUCGCUCCGCGAGGCGCUGAUUCACCAGCUCAACGAGAGGCGAAAAGAAAUUAUUCCGCUGCUUUCACCUGGUGUUGGUGAUGAUGAUGAUGAAAACGGACUGUUAGGAGAAAGUUUUUCCCAGCGUGACUCGACUUUGGAUUACAGUCUGUGGAAUGAGAUCACAGUUGGCUCCGGGAAAGCGCAUCUUGAUGAAAUGGGUUGUGAUUCCCUAGCCGACAUGCAGGCGGUGGAGAUCCUCGGAUCGGGAUACACCAAGCUGGUUGUCAAAGUGAAUCUAGCCGGGGAAUCUGAGCCUGUGGCGCUGAAACUCGUCAACGAGCAGGGCAUAGACAUGGGGAAGUGCGUGGAGGACUUUAAAGAUCCUCGGGGAUGUCGCGAACUCGUUUCAUUCAAGCUGAGGAAAGAAAUGGUCCUUCUCCAAAGACUCCAGCAUCCGAACGUCAUUAAGCUGAAGGGUCACUGUGCUGGGGGCCCAGGAGGAAGAGAAGGCGAGGCCGAAAGAGUCACAGUCAUUCUGGAGCAGGGGAACCCUCUCCAGAUGAUCCAGCUGCUCCAGAGCUCCUGGGAGGACAGAUUCAGAGUGUGUCUGGACCUGGUCCGGCUCCUCCACUUCCUCUCUCAGUCGCCUCUGGGCUCCGUGGCCCUGUUGGACUUCCAGCCUCGGCAGUUUGUCACAGUGUCCGGCUCGCUGAAGCUCACGGACCUGGAUGAUGCCAGCGCGGAGGAGACCACCUGUCACACAGACGCAGACUGCACUCUCCAGUUUCCACACAGAAACUUCACUCUGCCCUGCUCAGCUCGGGGUGUGUGUGAGGGGCUAAACGAGAAGAGGAACAUUUACAACGCCUACAGGUAUUUUUUCACCUACCUGCUGCCUCACCAGGCCCCGCCCAGCCUCACACACCUGGUAGACCGCAUCAUGAACGCCACAGGGGAGCUGAAAGCUGACAUCAAUCAGACGCUGGAGGCCUUUGAACACAUCCUCCACCUCUAUAAGUCUGGCCUACACCUGGAGAACCUGCCUCCAUCAAUAAUCAGAGAUUACACUGUGAUGCGAGGGAUGGGCACUUCUGGGAACGUGGAGUACCGCUGCUGGCCAUCCUACAGCCAGCAGGGCUGCGUGCUGUCAGUCCACAGUGCCCGAGAGGCAGCGUACACCUGUAACUCCCACUCUCAGUGCAACAGCUUCACUCUGACGGGGCAGAAGACUUGGACAGGCCGCCUCCUAGCCUCUUUCAGGAGUGGCUUCAGUCACUUGGUGCCUGAUGGGACGUCAGAAGUUUAUGUAAAGAAGACAAAAGUUGUCGAAAAAUCAAGCGCCUGACGUCCGAGCGAGUUUCUGUCAAAAUGGGAGUUACCAAGAGAUGGCACACAGCGGGGCGAUGGGAACUGAUGCAAGACGUGGCACUCGAGAACCGCGUCCUCCUGUUUAACAAGUCAAACGCAGCAUGGCUCUGUGGAUCUGCAGGAGCAGCGUGGAGACCAGGCUGACGAGGAGGCGUUUGAAGCCAGCAACUGAAUGUGAUGUAUUUAUGGGGCUUCUUGCUCUGUGACUGUUUGAUCUGCCUGCCAGCUCACUCCCCUCUGCCAGCUACUAUUUAAAGGGAUUUCCCUUCAGGUACAAUUAAGCAGGGAGAGCCUCAUGCCCUUGACAUUUUUUUUUUCUUUUUACCUUUCCUUUAUUUGCCGUGUGCGUCAGCUUUCACUGUGAGGUCGGGUCCCUGUUGCUAGAUUUUUUUAAUUUAUUUUUUUUAAACCAAAGAGGUAAGAAGUAUAGUCGCUGAGCGUUUGGAGCCCGAGGAUGAGAAAGGAAAACAAGCUCUUAUACAAAUACACUUUGAUGUUAAUGCGCAGAGGUUGUGGCUGUAUUUUCGUGAUUCCCUGGCUUAGCUGCACCGCCGCAUGAGACGGCAACAACCAUGUAAGCGUUUACACAUCAACAAUGAGCAAAGAUGAUCAAAACCAUUCCAGAGCAGUCUUUUUUGUUUGCUUUAGAUACUUUUGUGCACUUAGUUAUAGUGUUUCAUUCCUAAAUAUUUAUAUGAUUAAAUGGACUGUAAUUGUUCUUACAUGUUUGUGCAUUACAGCUUUCAUGCACCUUGUGGGUGAUACUUUUAUUUUCAAUGAAAAAUUAUUCAUUUGUUGUUGUUUUUUGUUUUUUUAAUACUUCCCGUGUUGUUACUGUGCAGUUUUUUUUAGUUUGUACAGAUAUAUAAAUAUAAUGUUUCUACUGUUUUUUUAAGUUGUGUUCAUUUGCAUUUUUAUUGUAUUCAGUGUAACUGCAACUAACAGCCUGUUUACUUCUCAUUAACACCUUCGUGUGUGUUUCAGUGGGGGGAGGGGGGCCUAGAAUGUGUGUGCUGACCUGGUUUUCUGUGUGUUUUUUAAGCCCUUUAUCUUCUCGCAUGCCCCCACAUCCACUAUCUGCAGCCCAUCUGAAUGGCUCAGAGGAAAGGAGCUCCACAGAGUUUGCAUAAUACCAGAAGAAUGCAUUCUAAUGCCCCACCACGCUGAGCUCAUUAUGAGCCUUAAUUAAUACAUGUAAAUUGGCUUACGUGCCAGCCCUUUCUCAUGGUGAGAGAGGGUGCAUUACUGUAAGACAAAGGCAGACAUCAGGACAAUCAGAGCUCAGUUUGUGGUUAGCACACGAAUGG